AUGGGGCAGGGAGCCGUGUGGCUGGAGGCUGAGCGCGUCCCGCGCGCGGCGGGGGGCGCUCCGGCCAAUGGCGGGGGGCGGGGGGCGGGGCCGGGCCGGGCGGUGCAGCGGGAUGGGGCUGAGGCGCACGGUGCAGCUCUGCCGCCUCCGCCCCCUCCCCCCCCCCCGCUGAGACCCCCGGGCCGGGCCCGGAGCGGAGCCCCGGGAGGCAGGCCCCCCGGGGUGCUGCUGCGGCGGGUGCUGCUGGGGCUGGGGCUGGGGCUGCCCCUGGCCGGGGGCUGGUACCUGCGGGCCGAGCGCCACGAGCGCCGCAAGAUGUGGCUGGUGCUGGACGGCGUGGGACGCUUCGGCAGGUCGCUGGCCGUGGGCAUCCACAUCUCCCUGGAUUACUGGUGGACGGCCAACGUGGCGCUGCGCGGCCUGGACGAGGACAGCCCGGCGUUCGUGGCGGGGAUGUCGAGGUGCCACCAGCGCGCGGCGGAGCGGCUGCUGCGGGGGGCCCUGCGCAACGGGGGGCUCUACGUGAAGCUGGGCCAGGGGCUCUGCGCCUUCAACCACCUCCUGCCCCCCGAGUACGGGGCCACCCUGCGCCUGCUCGAGGAUCGGGCCCUGCGGCGCGGCUACCGCGAGGUGGACGAGCUCUUCCUGGAGGAUUUCCAGACGACGGCGGCCGGGCUCUUCCAGGAAUUCGACUACGAGCCGGUGGCGGCCGCCAGCCUGGCCCAGGUGCACCGGGCGACGCUGCAGGAUGGGACCCCCGUGGCCGUCAAGGUGCAGUACAUCGACCUGCGGGACCGGUUCGAGGGCGACAUCCGGACGCUGGAGCUGCUGCUGCGCAUCGUGGAGUUCAUGCACCCCGACUUCGCGCUGGGCUGGGUGCUGGAGGAGCUGAAGGGGACGCUGGCGCGGGAGCUGGACUUUGAGAACGAGGGCCGGAACGCCGAGCGCUGCGCCCGCGACCUGCGGCACUGCGGCUACGUGGUGGUGCCACGCGUGCACUGGGACAAGUGCAGCAAGCGGGUGCUGACGGCGGAUUUCUGCGAGGGCUGCAAGAUCACCAACGUGGAGGGGAUCCGCAGGCAGGGGCUGGGUGUGCAGGACGCUGCCGACAAGCUGAUCCGGGUCUUUGCCGAGCAAAUCUUCUACACCGGCUUCAUCCACGCGGACCCGCACCCCGGGAACGUGCUGGUGCGUCGCGGCCCCGACGGCAAAGCCCAACUGGUGCUGCUGGACCACGGCCUCUACGAGUUCCUGAGCGAACGGGACCGCACGGCGCUGUGCCAGCUCUGGAGAGCCAUCAUCCUGCGCGAUGACGCCGCCAUGAAGAUGCGAUCGGCGGAGUUGGGCGUCGAGGAUUAUUUCCUUUUCUGCGAGAUCCUGAUGCAGCGGCCGCUGCGGGCCGGGCAGCUGGGCCUGGCCAACGUGCUGACGCGGGAGGAGCGGGCGUACAUGCAGGAGAUGGCGGCACAGCACUUCCCCCGCGUCCUGCGCGUCCUGCGCGCGCUGCCCCGGCCCAUGCUGCUCGUCUUCCGCAACAUCAACACCGUGCGCAGCAUCAACGCCGCCCUGGGCGCCCCCGUCGACCGCUACUUCCUCAUGGCCAAGAGCGCCGUGAGGAGCUGGAGCCGGCUGAGCGGGGCGAAGGUGUGGGGCCUGGGCGGCAGCAGCCUGGGGCGCUGGCUGCGGGUGGCCUGGGAGAGCGUCAAGUUCGAGGUGGCGCUGAGGCUGGAGAGCUUCUCCAUGAAGCUGACGGCCUCCGUCCUGCGGCUCUUGGCUUCCUGGGGGCUGCUGCCCCACAGCGAGGAGCUCUACGAGUACCUGCGGGCGUAGGGACCCCCCCAAAAUACCCCCCUGCCCCCCAAAAUAAACCCCCCGGCACCCCCACGCUGCCACCCGUGUCCCGUCCCCCCCCCUCAGGCUGCAGAGAUGG